AUGUUCUCUCGUGGACCGGUUAUGUUCUUGGUCUUCUUGGCCGCCAAUCUCGUCGACACAAUCCCUCCUACUCUGGCACUGUCAUAUAUCCCACUUCCCCUCGCACAGCACAGGCAAGACAGCGGUGAUCUGUCCCUCCCCACUAUCCAUCCUCCCCAUUCCUCAUCAUCGGCUACACUCUUAAACCGUCGUAUAAACUGCCGAGCCCCCCUGCACGAAUCGCGAGGAUAUCAGUGCGGAGUCCUAUAUGUCCCUCUAGACUGGCAGAACCCGACGCUGGGCCGUGGACGCAUAUACUAUGCCAAAUACCCGGCCUCUCCAGGCGUUGUGCGCAAGGGUACAAUCUUCAUCGACACAGGCGUUCCCGUUGCCAGCUCUCGGAUAUGGAACCCGCAAACAUGGCUCGAUAGGCGAGGCAGUGCCGUGCACGACUUCACCCACGGCGAAUACGAUAUCGUCGUAUGGGACGCACGCGGGAAGGGUAAGGACAACCUCACCAUCCCGGGCCCCGUACGCUGCUUCAAAGACGACAUAGAGAGAGACGAUUACAGGCGGAAGUGGGACGUGGAAUGGGCGGAACAGGCGCUGCAAAGCUCCGAUCACAUUGCCGAGUACAAACAGGGCAUCGAGGAGGUCCGCAAGUGGCACUUCGGACAGUCCAAACUCGUCGAGCACUGUUUGACCCAGCCGGGCGCUGAGAUGCUAGCGCAUGUGGGGACAGCAGCCACAACACGCGAUCUGCUCGCGAUGGCCGACGCGUUCGACGGUCCUGGAAGCCCGGUCAACUUCUGGGGCAUGUCGUAUGGGACACUUGUUGGCGCCCACUUGCUGCGAAUGUUUCCUGAGGCAGGGUCAUUCUUGAUGAUGCAAUGGAUCCAGCGGCCUUCGCUCAGCAGCCAUCAUAUGACGUCAGUUGUUACCCUAUUCAUAGCGCGAGAGUACGCACUCAUGAAGUACAACGCGUAG